CCUCCUCCCGCCACCUCCGCUACCCGCGCUGAGCGCCUCUUGAGCGGCCUGAGAGAGACUCCGUGCCGCUGCGCCUUCAUGGAGCUCCAGCCCCGACUGCGCCUCAGGACCGCUGUAAGAUGAGCGGGUGUCUCCAGAUCCUCGCCGUGCUGCUCUGCUGCCGCUUCUGGGCGCUCGUGUUCUCUCAGGAUCCGUCCUGCUGUGUCCAUCAUGCUGCAGACCUCCCUCAGUGCAGAGACGCAUGUGAACAGCUGGCCAGUAUCAGGAGUGAGUCUCGGCUCCGGCAUCUCCUCCACCGGCUGCCCAGUUACUGCCCGGAGACUCUGAGUGAACUCUGGAUCUGCAUCAACAACACACUACCAGGAGCGUCCCGUAAGUCAGAUGGUUGGGUGGGUCUGGGCUGCUGUGAGCUGGCCAUCUCUAUUGAGUGUCGACGCGACUGUAAACAGGCCUCUUCUAAGAAUGACAUCUCUAAAGUCUGCAAGAAGGACACAGAGAAUCCGCUCUACAGCUGCAUCACCAAGAAUGAGAUGGGCUCGGUGUGCUGCAGUUACGCAGGCAGACACACCACCUGUCGUGAGUACUGUCAGGCCAUCUUCCGCACAGACUCGUCUCCCACCGUCUCUCAGAUCAGCGCAGUGAAGGAGUACUGCCAGAGCGUCAGCCCCCCGCUCAUCCUGUGUGUGGAGAACUACACCAGACUGCACCCCACACACAGACCCAUCGACAGUCUGCACUGCUGUGACCGGGCUGAGGAGGCUCACUGUCAGCUGGCCUGUAAGCGUAUCCUGCGCACCCUCAGCACAGAGCAGGAGAUCAUGGACGGUCUGAUCAGCGAGUGUGGCAGUCAGCCGCUGCCCCAGGACCCGCUCUGGCAGUGUUUUCUAGGCAGCGCUCAUCCGCCCGCCAACACCGACCCCGAAUCUCCACCCAUCGCCAAGAUGGACAGCGCCAAACUGCACUGCUGCUUCAAGGCCAACACCAGCAUCUGCAGGAACAUGUGUGUGGAGAUCAGCACCAGCUGGGGAACACAGAGCUGGCAGGAGUUUGACCAGCACUGUGAAUAUAACCCGGUGGAGAUGGACCUGAUCACCUGCCUGGCGGACGUCAGAGAGCCCUGCCAACUGGGCUGCAAAGAGCUCAGCUACUGCACCAACUUCAACAACAGGCCGACAGAGCUGUUCCGCAGCUGUAAUGUUCAGUCUGAUCAGGGCGCGCUGAAUGACUUUAAGCUGUGGUCCAAUGGAAGCAUCCGGAUGCCGCUGAUGAACAUCCCGGUGCUGGACAUCAGACGCUGCCGGCCAGAGAUGUGGAAGACUGUAGCCUGCGCUCUGCAGAUCAAACCCUGCUACAGCCGAUCCAGAGGCAGCGUCAUCUGCAGGUCAGACUGUGUGGAGAUCCUCCGUCAGUGUGGGGACCGCAGGCGUUUUGCAGAGGCUCAGACCCCGGAGCGCAUCUGUGAUCUUCUGUCUCCCACUGAUGACCCAGAGCGCUGCAUCCCUCUGCACAGAUACCUGACUGCCAGUGAGUUGGAGAGCAGCGUGGAGGAGGUCAUCCACCCCUGCAACCCCAACCCCUGUCCCAGUAGCCACCUGUGCCACGUCAACCGCAAGGGCUGCCAUGUAGGACACGACUGCCUGCCGUACUACUGUGUGCCCGGCUGUAAGCUGGGCGAGGCCUCAGAGUUCCUGGUGCCCGCUGAUGCCCGUCUGCAGGUGCCCGUGCACAGUGCUCAGCCGGGCUGCUACGAGGUCUGCGUCUGCGGUCAGAGCGGCCGGCUGGAGAACUGCGCUGAGAUGCCCUGCUUCGACACCAGCAAGAGCUGCCAGAUCGCAGGACAGCGCAGGAGUCACGGCUCAUCCUUCCGUGUGGACUGUAAUCCGUGUUCCUGCUUUGCGGGUGACGCUGUGUGUUCGUCUCGUCAGUGUGUGCGCUCCGACAGCUCAGAGGAGGACCGGCGGCUCUUCACUGGUCUGCCGUGUGGCUGUGCGGAUCACUUCGUGCCGGUGUGUGCGGGUAACGGGCGCACGUACCCCAGCGCGUGUGUGGCUCGCUGUGUGGGAUUCACAGACUCACAGUUUGUGUUCGGAUCCUGCAGGAGCUUCGACCCCUGCUCACCAAACCCCUGCCAGAGGAACCAGAGGUGUGUCCCCAGGCGUCAGGUGUGUUUGACGGAUCUGUCGGAAUUCCCGUGUCCUCAGUACGAGUGUGUGUCGCGUCCAUCCAGCUGUGAUCAGAAGCUGCUGGAUCCUGUGUGUGACACCGACAACAUGGAGCACGCAAACCUGUGUGUGCUGAACCUGCGCGGGAAAACACUGGCGUACAGCGGACCCUGCCAGGAUGCGUGCCGCCGUCCCCGUGAGGUGUGUGCUCAUAACGGCGAGUCGUACUCUACAGUGUGUGAAGCGUUCUCGGAGCGUGUGGCGGUGGAUUAUCAGGGCCGCUGUCAUGCAGUCGGGGUGGAGUCUGAGUUCGGUUCUGACUCCGGCUGUAACGCUGUUCCCUGUCCACCGCUGGCCAGCGACGCCUGCCAACCCAUCACACCACCAGGCGCCUGCUGUCCGGUGUGUGCAGGAAUGCUGCGGAUCCUCUGGAAUAAAGCACAGAUGAACAUCUUUGCCAAGCUGAACCGGGAUCAGCCAGUGUCGCUCCAUGACAUCCUGAAGAUCCUGCGUCUGCACGUUUCUGUUCCUCAGUGCGACAUCUUCGGUUAUUUGAGCAUCGACUCGGAGAUCAUCAUCCUCAUCACUCCUGUAGACCAGCAGCCCACACCACUGCAGAUUGAAGCCUGCAGUAAGGAAGCAGAGAAGAUCGACUCCCUCAUUAACUCGGGCAGCCCGACGCUGGUGUCUCACGUCCCUCUGUCUGCCUUCCUGAGCUCGGAGCUGCAGCUCUCCAGCGUUCGCUCCUCCGGCGGCGUCUCCAUCAGUGUGUGUGUGCUGCUGCUGCUCUGCUCACUGAUCCUGACCCUGACCUCUGACCUCUGACCUGGACAAUCAGACUGCGGCUGUAUCCCAAAUCACCCCUAUAUCCUUAACAGUACACGCUCAUUCAAGUGUGUAUGCGCUAGCGUGACGUACUGCUAGGCAUGAGCCGGUGGGAGAGUCUGUCGGUGUGAUAACCUUGGAUGAAAAUAUGACAGUGUCAUGAUCACUGCGUUAAUAUCUGCACUGUUUAAAUCUCUGGGUUAAUCAACAACUGUUCCUCCCCAUUGAACACAUUAUACUUACUUUUAAGAAACAUUGAACAUAUUUUGGAGCAGUAAACAUGUCAGGCUAAAUAAUGAGAAUACAUUAUGCAGUGCGCUCAAUCAAUCCCACAAUGCACUGCAGUAAUGAGGGUACAACACAUGCACACUCAACAGCUAGAAACACCCAUGAUGCAAUUCAGACAUCUGACCACUAGAUGGCGACUAAAGCUCAACUCUAUCAGUGUUUCAAAAUAAAUGAGUGAUGUUUGUGCACAUGACAGACAUCUCUCUCAUUACUAAUAGACAGUGUUAAAUAACUAUCACAGGGUCUGAGCGAGAAGAUCAACACAAACAAAACCGCUUCUCUUAAGUGCACUCAGUAGUGCAUUCAUUUCAAGUGGACUAUAUGACUGUAGGAAGUAUGGAGCGAGGGUGUGGGGUGUGAUUUGGGACGCAGGACUCCUCAGAGGAGUGUGUCGAUGCUGCUGUUGGACGUCUCACUCGUUCUCAAGCACAUAUCAGCUCUCUACCUUUGUAAAAACGGCCUUUUUCCUUUUUAAAUAUAUAAUAUUAUAUUGUUGGAAAUAUUUUAUUGUUCCUUUAAUGCUGAUUAAUUAAGAAUGGAGAAAGCAGCCAUGUAAACGAUAAUGACAAUCGCAUUGCUUAUCUGUAAAGUGAUAAACAAACACAAUAUGCCUUGCUUAUGAAGUGAAAUAUAUAUAAAUAUGUAUGUGUGUGUAGAUGUUUUCUAAAUGAAGGAUUGUUAAAACAGGACUUUAAUGUUGAUAAGAGAAGCAGAUGUUCUAUUUUCUGAUGAUAUCAUGAUUUUUAAUGCCAAUUCCUGCAUGAUUGACCGUUCUGGAGUGUGUUAUUGUGUGUCUGUGUGAUGAAGUGUUGUGUAUUUGCCUGUAGCACAUGAUGAAGGGCCCUUAUUUUGACAGUAUUAUUGGCUCAGGCAGCUGUGUGUGUGUGUGCGUGCGUGCGUGCGUGUGUGUGUGUGUGUGUGUGUGACUACACCCAUGUUUAUUUUUAUAUGAUAAUAAUAAUAAAUGUGAUCAUAUUGUUGAAGGACUUCAUCAGGAAUGCAUCUAUAUUGAAAUUGACCAAAAUAUUAAAUGCAUUUGUAAUAAUAAUAAUAAUAAUAAUGUACCAAAAAUAUUUCCAGAAAUGUACCCCAGAAAUAUUUCUAUUUCAAAUAAAUGAUAUUCUUUUGA